AUGAUGCAAUUCGUUUCUCCAUCUUCUUCAACUGUUCAUACGAUUUUAAGGAAUUGUGAAAUGGCAAGGCCGUUUGAAAAGAUCGCCGACAUUAGUGGCCAGAAAGAGUUAUGGAAAGUUUUUGUUAGAGUUCAUUACAAAUGGACCGUGAUAACAAACAACAAUGAGCAUUUAGAGCUCAUUUUUGUUGAUGAUGAUGUAACUCUUGGUUUUUGUAGUUUUAAUUCCUUUGAAAUAGUUGUGAUGAUUAUGAAUAUGUUCAUUGUUUACCUAAACCAGCCUUAA